AUGACUACUGCCAACGCCACCACACUAAAAGCGAUCCAGAACCUUGUGACGAGUCAUCUUGGUGUACCAGACGAUGCCCAAGAGGUGACCCGGUUUAUUUAUAGUCUUUAUCAACAGAAUGCUACGGGGACAAGAGAUGGGUUCCAGGAGGUGAUUACAGCCAACGGCGGUGAUAGUUUCCCUCAACUGUUUAUAAAUGAGGUGUAUGAAGUUGUUAGAGGGCAGGUGAGUACAGGUACAGCCGAUGAAGCAGGUAAAGCAGAUAAAGCAGUCACAGCAGCUACACACAAUGUUAAUCCUCCCAUACGAUUAGAGUCAAGACGUUCCCACCCUUCUCCUUUGCCCGUGGUAAACAACAUCUAUAAAGGUACGGUCCGAUCCAUAAAGGACUUUGGUGUAUUCAUUAGCUUAUAUGAUGGCAACGUACAGCUACAACCAGAUGGAAUGUGUCAUGUAUCGCAACUAUCCCAUUCCACUGUAAGGCAUCCGUCAGAGUUGGUGUCUGUAAACCAGGAAGUAUCGGUGCGAGUCGUUAAGGUAGAUGCCAGUGCUAGGGGUCGACCUCGGAUCUCAUUGUCCAUGAAAGAUCUAGACGACCAAUCCAAUGGUUACAAUGAUAGAACUAAUAGAUUUGCAGGAAGUAACAAACGUCGUCGUUUGACGAGUCCAGAACGUUGGGAGAUACAACAGUUGAUCUCUGCUGGUGUUGCUUCCAUCAAGGAUUACCCCGAGCUACAAGAUACGGAUAUUGGUGAUGAUAAUGGUGAUACCACUCACUCGGUUAACGAAGGUCCUCAGGUCGAUGUUGAACUCAAGAAGGUCAAACCAAAGUUCUUACUGACUCAAAAUGUAGAUAUACUGGAACUGUUGCCAAAGCCGGUGCCUAAAGACAACGACAAAAAUAUGCUUGUCAAGGAGGCUUCCAAUGGGUCACAACUUAUGAAGGAGUUCAGAGAUCAAAAGCUCAAACAACAAAAGGACAAGUCUCUUUUAAGAGCGCAAGCUUUAGGAAUGGCAGAUCCCAUGAUAGAGUCGAAACGGGACGAAGCUACUAAUGCAGUCAUCACCGAAUGGACAAGGACUCAGAAGAACAUUCAAUACGGGAAGAGAACCUCGUUAUCAAUGAAAGAACAACGAGAAUCACUCCCCAUCUUUGCUAUGAGAGAGCAGAUAGUUAAAACCAUUAAGGACAACCAAUUUGUGGUGAUAGUAGGAGAAACGGGGUCUGGGAAAACCACCCAGAUCGUUCAAUACUUAUAUGAAGAAGGGUUUACUAAAAACAAUGGGGACCACAUCAAGAUGGUGGGAUGUACACAGCCCAGAAGAGUGGCAGCAGUAUCUGUUGCCAAAAGAGUGGCAGAAGAAGUUGGACUGAAGUUAGGUGAGACUGUGGGGUAUACCAUUAGAUUCGAAGAUAAUACGGGACCUAAUACUGCCAUUAAAUAUAUGACAGAUGGUAUGUUGGAAAGAGAAGCGUUGAAUGAUCCAGAUAUGAAACGAUAUUCGGUCAUUAUGUUGGAUGAAGCACAUGAAAGAACCAUUGCUACGGAUGUUCUCUUUGCUCUUUUGAAGAAAGCAGUGGUCAACAACCCUCAAUUGAAAGUGAUAGUAACGUCAGCUACUUUGGACUCCAAUAAAUUUGCUAAAUACUUCAACAAUUGUCCUAUUUUACAAAUCCCCGGUCGAACGUUCCCUGUGGAGAUUCUUUAUACUAAGGAACCGGAAACUGACUAUUUGGCUUCAGCUUUGGACUCAGUAAUGCAAAUCCAUAUGCUGGAAGGUCCAGGAGAUAUACUUGUGUUUCUAACUGGUAAGGAGGAGAUCGACACCAGUUGUGAAGUAUUAUAUGAACGAGUCCAACAAUUGGGUAAAUCUGUUGGUAGUGAGCUUAUCAUAUUGCCAGUUUAUUCAUCUCUACCUUCGGAGAUGCAAAGCCGUAUCUUUGAGCCCACUCCUAAUGGGUCCAGGAAAGUGAUUCUUGCUACUAAUAUUGCUGAGACUUCUAUUACCAUUGAUGGAAUCUAUUACGUUGUUGAUCCAGGGUUUGUCAAGCUUAAUGUCUAUGAUUCCCGAUUAGGAAUGGACUCAUUGAUGGUGACUCCCAUUUCCCAGGCUCAAGCCAAUCAAAGAAGUGGUAGAGCUGGUAGAACAGGACCAGGGAAAUGUUAUCGAUUAUACACUGAAGAAUCUUUCCAAAAAGAUAUGCAACCCAAUAGUUUACCUGAGAUUCAAAGACAAAACUUGGCCCAUACGAUUCUUAUGCUUAAAGCUAUAGGAAUCAAUGAUGUACUUCAUUUUGAUUUCAUGGACCCCCCAGCUUUAAAAUCAAUGGUUGCAGCCUUACAAGAUUUAUUUGUGAUCUCAGCCCUUGAUUCUGAGGGUUCCUUGACGUCUUUAGGUCGGAAGAUGGCUGAUUUCCCCAUGGAACCUGCAUUAGCCAAAUGUUUAAUCUCCCUGGCUGAAUAUGGAUGUUCUGACGAGAUCAUGACCAUAGUUGCCAUGCUUUCCGUACAAACGGUGUUUUUCCGACCUAAAGAAGAAAUGAAGGCUGCUGAUCAACGUAAGGCCCGGUUCCACCAUUCUUCUGGCGAUCACGUCACGUUACUCAAUGUGUAUCGAGGAUGGGUUAGCAGUGGACAUGGCCAUGGUUCUCAAUGGUGCAAGCAGAAUUAUAUUCAUGAACGGAGCAUGAAGAGGGCUCAAGAGGUUAGAAGACAACUUACUCAAAUCAUGAAACGGUAUCACCAACCAAUCAUCCUGUGUGGGAACGAUUUCAAUAAAGUGAGAUGGGCUCUUUGUGCUGGAUUCUUCAAGAACUCUGCUAAAAGAGAUAACAGCGGCAAUGAAACAAACUACAAGACUUUAAUUGGGGAAACACCAGUGGUGAUGCACCCAUCAUCGGCACUUUUCGGUAAGAAACCAGAAUAUGUCAUUUAUCAUACUUUGUUAAUGACUACUAAAGAAUAUAUGCAUUGUGCCACAACCGUGGAACCGCAAUGGUUGGUUGAAUGUGCACCCGAAUUCUUUCAAGCUGUUGAUACAAAUGAGCGGCAAAAGAAUGAAAAGAUUCAACCUUUAUUCAAUCGGUUUACAAAGGAUCAAAACUCCUGGAGAUUAAGUAAUCAGAAAAAGUUGAGAAGGUAA